ACCGCCUUGCCUCGACCAGCAGAGGCCGCUGCGCCGCCUGGAUCCUGACGUCAUGUGACGUACGAGGAAAAGUGAAAACAGCACAACAAACCAGCAGGCAGCUAGCCACCGUUAAACUGGAGUUUAUCAGGAGGAACUGGACCCAGCUGCAGUUCGGCGGUUCGGUUCGGAAAGGACAGGAAAGUUCCUCUGGGAGCUGCUUUCAUUUCUGUCCCCAUCCCAGACCUUGCUCUGACGUCACCAACACCUCCAUGAUGCUCCUCCACCUCCGUCCUCCUCCCUGACUCCUCCCACAUCGUCUGUCCAACAUCCUGAGCAUCUCCUCCUUCUGCAGGACUUCCGUCUGAAGGCCCAGAUUUUACUGGUUGGGACAAAUAUGGGCAGAUCUGAUAGAUGGUGGGACAGAGCGAGAUCUGUCCAACCAACAAUUUGUCCAUCUUUUCAUCCAUCUUUUUGUCUAUCCAUGUUGAAGUCUGAACUCUGACACCUGUCUCAGAGGACGGAGACGUUUGCUCAUGUGGACAUGUCUUCUGCGUCCAACUGAUUUUAUAAUCUUCAUUUUCUGUUACCGCUGUAGCUAAAUUAGAGGGAGACGUCUCCGGUCAAAUGUCCUCCGGCUGUCCCCCCCAGUCCCCGGCCGUAGCGAAGACAGAGGUAGCGGUGGAGGGAGAGUGCCCCCUGCUGGCCGCCACCUUCGCCUACUGGGACAACAUCCUGGGGCCUCGCGUGCGCCACAUGUGGGCGCCGCGAGGCGAGCAGCCGAUGUCGCUGAGCGACGGCGAGGUCACUUUCCUGGCCAACCACACGCUGAACGGAGAGAUCUUGCGCAACGCCGAGUGCGGCGCCGUGGACGUCAAGUUCUUCGUCCUGGCAGAGAAAGGUGUCAUCAUCGUGUCUCUGAUCUUCGAUGGCGAGCUGAAGGGCGACAAGAACACGUGCGCCCUGUCCGUCAUCCUGCCGCAGACCGAGCUGGCCUUCUACCUGCCGCUGCACGCCGUCUGCGUGGAGCGGCUCACACACGGCAUCCGCAAGGGACGCAUCUGGAUGCAGAAGGGCUACAACAUCAUCUCAGUGCUGAGCCUAGAGAUCGCCCCCAUCAUGGAGCUGCUGGCCUCCAUGAAGUCUCACUGCGUGCCUGAGGAAAUAGACAUUAGAGACACCGUGCUAAAUGAUGACGACAUCGGGGACAGCUGCCAUGAGGGCUUCCUCCACAAAGCCAUCAGCUCACAUCUGCAGACGUGCGGCUGCUCCGUCGUGGUCGGAAGCAACCCAGAGAAAGUAAACAAGAUCGUCCGGACGCUCUGCCUGUUCCUGACUCCAGCUGAGAGGAAAUGUUCCCGCCUCUGCCGGGCCAGCUCCUCCUUCAAGUACGACACGGGUCUGUUUGUCCAGGGACUCCUGAAGGACUCCACGGGCAGCUUUGUGCUGCCGUUCCGCCAGGUGCUGUACGCGCCGUACCCGACCACGCACAUCGACGUGGACAUCAACACCGUGAAGCAGAUGCCACCGUGCCAUGAACACACCUUCAACCAGCGGCGCUACAUGCGCUCUGAGCUCAACGCGCUGUGGAAGACCGACAGCGAGGAUGACAUCCCGCCGGAAACUGUGAUCCACACGGAUGAAACCUUCACCCCUGACCUGAACAUCUUCCAGGAUGUCCUGCAUACCGACACGUUGGUCAGAUCCUUCAUAGACGAGGUGUUCCUGCUGAAGCCCGGCCUGGCCCUCAGGAGCGCCUACCUGGCCCAGUUCCUGCUGCUGCUGCACCGCAAGGCGCUCACGCUGCUCAAGUACAUCGAGGACGAGACGCAGAAAGGGAAGAAGCCGUUCCGGGCCCUCCGGAACCUGAAGGCUGACCUGGACCUGAAGGCCGAGGGAGACCUGAACAUCGUCAUGGCGAUGGCCGAGAAGCUGAGGGCGGGGCUUCACUCCUUUGUUUUCGGGAAGCCGUUCUACACCAGCAUGCAGGAGAGGGACGUGCUCAUGAGCUUCUGAUCCCACCAGGUUCAGAACCAGGUUUAACUGGAUCGGACCGGGUUCUGAUCCAGUAUUCAGACGGCUGGUUCUGACUGAAGUUGUUAGCUUCCUUUGUCUCCAGGAACCAGAACUCGGUCUGAUGUUAACUUGGAUUUAAGCUGAUAUUUAUUUUAAAUGUGCUGAAGUUGUGAGACUACUGGAGCUUUUUAAUAUUUUAUCAUCAUGAAUAAUUUAAAUUAUGACGAGUUAUUAAACUCCGGCUCAACUGUGAGUCAAACAUUUAAAGUUUACAGGCGAUAAAUCAGCAAAUCUGAGAUGAAUAGCUUCACACUCUGUUCUGCCUUUCUCUGAUUGGCUGUCGGGGUUCUCUGUUUUUCUUUGAUUGGUUGCCAGGACCUGAGCUGAUUCAUGUUUUAUCUUAUUUUGUCGAUCUUUUUCUCAGCUGUUUCUGUUUUCUGUCCAUCAGAAAGAAACAUUUCAGUAAUAAAAGUUAAAUAAAACAUCAAAAUUGUUUA